AUCCGUAUAACUAUUUGAAUAACGAUCGUUCUCUCUUUUCAGAUGAUAGACGCCUCUUACCAUACAAACCCGUCGUUGCAAAGCACUGCCCUAAUCAUCACCUGCGCUGUGGUCCUCCUGCUGAUGGCCGCGAUCGUGUCCGUCGUUUUCUGGAAGCACAAGCGGAAAGUGCAAAAUCUACUACCGUGCAAGAGCGCAGCGGGCGCGGCGGCUGUCGCCGGACGAGGCCGCGUACUGCCGGACGGCCAGCCGCAUCCGGGCCCCGGCAUCGGCGGCGCCGGCGGCGCCGCCGGCGCCGUCCUUUACGAGGACCUCCAGGAUCACGCGGUGUCGCACUCGCAGCUGCACAACCACCUGCCGGCGGGCCACGGCCAGGCGCCGACGAUCGAGAUGCUGGACGUCAAGGAGGGCGGAAGAGGGGUGUUCGUCUGCAGCAGCCCCGGUCCUGAUCCUUACACAUCGCAGGACCUCUAUAAUCCUGUCUACGAGGAGCUCAGCAACGGGGACCAUCCGGAGACGGACGAGGAGAGCGAGUUGAACGCCCGCAAUCGUCUGCACCAUCAUCACCAUCAUCACCGUCACCAUCACCGCACGUCCAGCGCGUCCAAGCCGGCGAGCGAGGACGAGUUCGCCGAGGACGAGCUGUCGGUGGGCGAGCCCUCGGAGGCGAGGAUGCUCACCUCGAGCAGCGGCCCCACCUGGGGCACGUGCCCGGCCGGUGGUAGACCACCCCGCGAACGACGUGGCCGCAGCCCCAGGAGCCUCGACCGACGUAGACGAGAUAAGAGUCACGACAUGGGCGAGUUCCACGAGGGUAUGCUGCUCGACGCGCUGCUUCAGCUCUACCCUAGCGUCGCGGGCGUGGCCGGUGCGCGAACGGGCACCAACAGCACCCAACGUCAGCAGUCCGUCCCGUCGGUGGCGCACAGGUUGCCGUACUUCGUGCCGCCCUUGCCGGCCGCGCAGGCACCGCGUCUCGAGGAAAACCCUUACGAGAGCGUGCCGGUGCUGGGCCCGCUGCAUCGUUACUCCAGCCAGAACAGGAGCGGCAAGGAUCGCUCGCGCAAUGGCAAGCCCGGCAACGACAAGUACAAGUACCUGUCGUCGCAGCAGCAAUACGGCGGCGACUACUACGGUCUGCAGGGCCAGCCAGACGUCACGACGCCGCUCUAUACCCAGGUGGGCGGCGAAUACUCGGACACAUAUUCGCAGCCGACCGACCGGCUGUUCGACGACAAGUACAGCCAGCCGGUUUAUUACACGAAUUCGACCCGGGACUCGGCGUGCGAUCAGUCGAACAACGCCGGCCGGCUCUACCAGGGCCAGCCCGACAGCAGUUUCGGCAGCGAUAGCGGCUACAGCCAUCACACGUCCGGCACCACCGGCACCACCGGCACCAACGGCACCAACGGCACCCGCGGCAGCAACUCCCGGACGAACCACCGCAGGGACAAGCAACGAAACUCCCAUCAUUCGCACCACUCCGCGGACUACAUUGUGUCCUAAUGGAGGAUCGGUCGCAACGUCUCUGAAGGUGUUUUUCCCGGAGACGUGCUCUCGUUACAGGAGAGGAGAGGGACAGAGAGACGAGAUGAGACCUCGUUCCUGUCACAACGUUGUCAGGAUCGGAUGAUGCUCAUCGAGCGCGCUUGUUAAGGCAGAGAGCGGCUGACGCCGAUUCGGCUGUGCUGAACUGUUGUAUUUUGAUACUUCGACGUCCACGGUUAAGAGUCAAUAAGGGUAUUCUUGUCGCUUCGGCGAGUCAAGUCGCUACGGUCACAGCGAGCGACGACUUCGAUCGUCGAAGCGACGAGAAAACCGGCGAGCAAUUCGGACUUGACUAGAAAAAAAAUACAGUGAUCUCUUAGUGAUUUAUACAUGUAGCUGAUGCGCAAGACUAUCUAACAAAUCUAUUUGUAAUCCAAUGAGACUCAGGCUGGUACCAAAGGACGCUAAUGAUUACUUUUUAAGUCUAAUCCUUUGUAAUUUAUGUAGAGAAAAAGUGCGUUAACCGCGGAACGAGCCGACUUCCUUGUAACGCAGAUCGUGCGACUGCCAAUCGCGAAGAAUUCCGUAGUUACUCUAAGCAAUCAGUCCUGUCGCUCUUCUCAGCGAUUCGUGGAUAACUUUGCAGACAGACAAACGUACGAAAUACUCGAAGUCGAAACCCGACAGAUUAGAAAUCUGUAAAUUUGUUUAUCCUAAGAUGUAAAAUAAAAUUUGAUAUUCUUAAAGUGACAGUAAGAAUUGGAUUCUUCAACCGAGAUCUAAAAUGUAUUAUAACAUUUUUAAACUAGAUAAACGAGGGUGUUCAAAAUGAACGGUGCAAAUUGCGAAAUAAGCGGGUCUCGAUUACGGAUGUUUCGCCCCUCCGAUUAACCGAUCCACUGCCAGUCCUAUCUUAAACGGUCGGGCGUGUUCAACCGACCGGCAAGUUUCGUACAAACUUUGAUACGACGAAACGUGUAAUUUUUGUCCCGCCCUCGGAGGAGCGGAUCCGAUCGCACAUUUAUAGGGAACAUUAGAUAGUGUUAAACGGUUAUCUAGUCCGAUAAUAAUCACUUUUCGACGCUUUAGGGAGCCUCGUCAACGCGACACCCACGCUUGCUAAUGAUAGUCUUGAAAUGUAAUAAUAAACGCACGCACAAUAGAUUAACGCCUUGAAUCAUCCGUAAGCGGGAAAGAAGGAUAUAUGCACGUUGAAAUCUGAUCGAUCCAGAUUAUUGUAAAAGCAUUCUCCUGUUCUUUAGUUUCAAAACAGAUUCCUUAUUUACAAAAGAUAUAAAAACAACUUUUGCGAUCGAUGUAUUUUUAUAAUAGACCAUAACACAUAACGUGACAUUCCAAAUCUGGAAUCGAUAUAUCAAAUGUCUUGUAUUUCAAUAAAAAGCUUUUUGAGAUUUUAUAUGAUCUAUUAUAAGGUACGUAAACAAUGCUAAUAGCAACGAUAAAUGCAUUUGCCAAUCUUUCAAGCAAAGAAAUCUUGCAAAAAA